AUGGGCUCAACGAGUGAUGGAUUAUUAGAAUUAGAUAAUUCAGAAGCUAUACAGCUUGUUAGACAGGUAAUUUUCAAAAUUAUUAUUAUUUUUAUCAAUUGUCAAAACUCAUAGCUAAUUAUAGGCAAUUUUAUUCGAAAAUCUUGAACUUCUUGCCGAUCUUUUCAAUGUGAAUCCAUGGGUUUGGAAUCGGGUAGAUCGACAUGGUCGAACACCUUUUAUGUUAGCUGCACAUAAUGGAAAAGUUGAUAGUUUACGAACAAUUCUUAUAUGUAGUCCAGGUAUUUUUAUAACCUUUGUUUAAAAAUUAAAAACUGAAUUUUAAUUUUUUAGAAUCUCUUGAUUUGUGCAAUGAUCGUGGAAAAACAGCGUUACAUAUGGCUGCGGAAUCAGGAGAAAUUGAAAUAAUUCGAGAAUUGGUUAAAAAUGGUUCAGAUCCUUUGCUCACAGAUAAAGACGGGUAUUGUCCUUUGGAAUUGGCACAAAAAGCAGGACAUAAUGAGGCCGCGUUAGCUUUGAUUGAAUUUAUACAACAGGAAAAUGAAAAUUUGGAUAAUGCGCAUACUAUUCUAAUUUCUGCGUGUAUAGAAGGAGAUUUGAGACAAGUUGAAGAUAUUUUGGAGAAAUUUACGAAUAAAAAAUCGACAAGAUCAGUAUUAUUUAAUGGAAGAUCGCCAGAUGAUCAAACUGUUCUUGCAAUGUAAGUUAUGAAUUAUUUCUUCCCUAUUUUUACAAUGAAUUAUAUUUUCAGAGCUUGUACAAAUGGUCAAAUUGAGAUAGUAAAACGGCUUUUAAUAUUUAGUGAACAUUUAACAGUUUCUCAAAAUACAAAAGAUACUGUAAUUCAUUCAGCUGUUUCUUCACAAAAUGUUGAAGUUCUUCAAUUAUGUUUACAAGUAAGUUAA